GAGGCGAUGAAUUUUUAUAACAGUCGCUAUUUUGUUAUCAAUCAAAAUUUGCUAAAAUUUUUGGGAUUAUGGCCUUACCAAACCAAGAUGACAAAAAUCUUAAUUCGAAUGGUUAUCACGGCCAGCCUCAUCAUUUCUAUAGUGCCGCAAAUCAUUGCAGCUGUUCAAAUGAGAAAAAAUACAGAUAGGUUAAUCAUAGCUGUCGGAACCUUAGUUUAUAUUUUCGGAAUAGGCAUGAAAUUUUUUGGAGUGAUCUUCUCAGAAUCUAAGUUGAAGUUUUUGUACGCAAAUAUGGUAAAAAAUUGGAAUAUGUUAAAAAAUGAAACUGAAAAGAAAAUUCUUGAGGAAUCUUCGGAACUGGGAAGAUUAUUAACAAUUUGUUAUAUUGGCUAUAUGGUGCCAGCUGGUUUAUUAUUUUUGGUUUUACCAUUCGCUUAUCAUAUUUUUGAUAAAUCUCAACCGCUAAUGUUUGUACUCGAGGGAGAGUAUUUCGUAGAUAGAGAAGAAUAUUAUUACCCUAUCUAUUUAUUCGAAACUUUUACUAUUCUUGCAAGUAUACCUUUGAUAUUUACAAUUGAUUCGACAUACGCAGUAUGUAUACAGCAGUGUAUCGGUUUAUUUGACGUGGUUAAGCAACGCUUAGCAUGUGCAACAGAAUGGAACAACAAAUUGAAAUUAAUUAGUUAUCGGACGAACGACGCCGCUUAUGAAGCGAUUAUCAAAUCUGCUGAACUUCAUGAAAAAGUUUUGAAUUUCAGUCACAUUUUAGAAUUAUCAUAUUCUUCAAGUUUGUUGGCUGUUAUGAUUGCCAAUGUAUUAGUACUUGCAGCAGCAGUAGUUACUAUUCUCUUGAGUUUCCAAAAGCCGGUGCUACUGUUCAGAGCCCUCUUGCUCAGCAUAGGAUUUACUAUACACAUGUUUUAUUUAAGCUGGCCUGGACAGAAGAUGAUUGAUAGCAGCAAUGACGUAUUUUUUGCGGCGUAUAAUAAUGAAUGGUACAACUGCUCCAUCGAAUGCCAAAAACUUUUGAUGUUUAUCAUGCAACGUAGUAUGGAACCUUUUUAUUUCACCGCCGGAGGAUUUUAUAUCAUGAAUAUGGAAAACUUCCUAUUACUUUUCAAAUCAGCUAUGUCAUACGUAACAGUGCUCUCAUCGUUGACAUGAUGAAUCAACAAUCGAAUCUACAUGAAUAGUCUGAGCAACAUUUAGAACAUACUAGCUUCCUCUGAACAAAUUGAGUUAUUAAUUAAAGGUUUUUGCAUCACAUAAAAUGCAGAGCAAUCUAUGUGUAUAAUUGUGUUGCUAGUCGAUAGUAUA